GUACAAGAGGAAUUUGCUGGAUCAUACUCAACUCAACUAUAAGAAUUAAGAGUAGCUUCUGUAUAAUUUAGUGCACUUGAAGAAAAAUAAUCUCAAUACAAUUUUGCAUAAUUAUAAGCCUCAAGACUUUCCAUAUAUAAAAGAUAUAUAUUGCUGUUCUGAGAAUAAGUUGCCCUAAUGGAUAUAGCUACAUGGUUUUCUGGCCAGGAUUUGGAAGAUUACAAGCUGAUCCAUGAAUAUCAUAUCAACACAAUUGCUGAAUUGACCACAAAAAACAUGGCAAAUACACUUUCAGAUAAUAAUAAUAAUCUUCAGCCAUCUUUCUCUUCUGAUGAGAGCCAUUCUUCAUGCCCUAAUCCUUCAGUUGAAAUAAGUUUUGAAAGACCUAAUAAACUUCAUAAAACCAACAGCUGGAGCUCAAACAUUACUACUGCUGAUCUGCACCAUUCACCAAGAUCUUCUCCUACUGGCCAGCUUCUGUCUUUUGAAAACCCUAAAAUUAUUUCUUCGCCAUCUUUGAAAUCCCAGCAGUCCAAUUUCAUGAAUGUUGAAUCCAUUAUUAAGCCAAAAGAUGAAGCUGUGUCUCCAACAAAUGUUCUCUUUCGACCGGUGAUUUCGAAAUCGGAUUACGAAAUGAAGGACAAUAACAAAAGAUCUUGUUCCAUGACCAGAACUCUAGCUCAUGGUCAAGAUCAUAUUUUGGCCGAAAGAAAGAGGAGAGAAAAGCUUAGCCAGAGGUUUAUUGCUCUUUCAGCCCUUGUUCCAGACCUAAAGAAGAUGGACAAAGCUUCUGUUCUUGGAGAUGCAAUCAAAUAUGUGAAAGAACUUCAAGGACGAGUAAAAGCUCUUGAAGAACAGACCAAAAAGAAAACUAUGGAAUCAAUUGUUAUAGUUAAGAGGACUCAACUCUCUGCUGACUCAACAUCAUCAUCUUCAUGUUAUGAGAGCUUUGAUGGUGUCUCCGAUACCACCCUUCCGGAGAUUGAAGCUCGAGUAUCGAAUAAAGAUAUACUCAUUCGAAUCCAUUGUGAGAAACAAAACGGACUUGUUCCCAAAAUAUUACAUGAAAUAGAAAAUAUUCAUCAUUUAUCUGUCAUCAACACCAGCAUUUUGGCCUUUGGAGAUUCCACACUUGACAUCACCAUUAUUGCUCGGAUGGAUGCUGAAUACUCCAUGACAUUGAAGGAUCUCGUGAAAAAUCUGAGAGUGGCUUUUCUAAAAAUCAUGUAAUUAAACUAAAUAAGUUGAUCAGUAAUUUGCAUGUGCAUUAGACUAUGAAUUUGAUCUUUUGCCACGACAUUAAUUAUAUUAUCUUGUUGGGUAAUUUUUUACUUCCCAAGUUUUUGCGUGGUGAAUCUGUCACACCACGUUGUAUUACCCACAUUCUGUAGAAAACAAUCUUGUUUUGUGGCCAUUAAUCAUUAUGGUUUUAGUUUUAUCUGAAAGUUGUGUUUGAAGGAGUAAACCCUAGAUCGAUUAGAAAUUGUUCAUAGGGACACUUUUUUUCCCCUUUCAAGUUAGGGUUUUUCUUUUGUUGUUCUUUUUCCUCAUUUUGUAAGGAAUUUGUUUUUGUAUCUCAUGUACUGUAAUGUUGAUGUAAUUAUUUGGUUGGUUUGGAUUUAA